AUGGGCGGGGAGCGGGGGCUGUUCUCAGGAGCUGCACCCCCGCAGAGAGUAGGCUCGGGUGGGCUGGCAGCCCGAUGCGAGCAGAAACUUGGCUCCUUCCUGGCGUGUCUGCAGCAGCUGCGGCAGCGCUCGGAGGUGGAGGAGGUGGAGCUGUCCAGUCGCUCUUUACUGAGCGGAGGCUGCACCACGCUCCUGCUCGCUAUAGCUGGGAGCCUGCUAUGUGCUGACAUGACGGCCACAGCAGGAAACCCUUGGGGCUGGUUCCUGGGGUACCUCAUCCUCGGUGUCACAGGAGCCGUCACCUCGGUCUCUGCGGGCGGCGGCAGCAUCGUGAACGGCGAGGACUGCCACCCGCACUCGCAGCCCUGGCAGGCCGCGCUGUUCACGGAGAGCGAGUUCUUCUGCGCGGGCGUCCUGGUGCACCCUCGGUGGGUGCUGUCAGCCGCCCACUGUCUCCAGAAAUCCUUCACCGUCGGGCUGGGCCUGCACAGUCUUGAGGCCAACCAAGAGCCAGGCAGCCGGGUGAUGGAGGCCACCCUCUCCAUACAGCACCCGGAGUACAACAAGCCCCUUCUCGCCAACGACCUCAUGCUCAUCAGGCUGAACGAGUCAGUGCCCAAGUCUGACACCAUCCGGAACAUCAGCAUCAGCUCCCAGUGCCCGACCGCUGGGGAUUCUUGCCUCAUCUCUGGCUGGGGUCUGCUGGCGGACGGCGCACUACCCACAGUGCUCCAAUGCGUGAAUGUCUCAGUGGUGUCGGAGGAGGACUGCGAUGAUCACUACGCCCCCAUAUACCAUCCCAGCAUGUUCUGCGCUGGCGGAGGGCAGGACCGAAAGGACUCCUGCAACGGUGACUCUGGGGGGCCAGUGGUCUGCAAUGGGUCCCUGCAGGGACUCGUGUCUUUUGGACAAGCCCAGUGUGGCCAACCCGGCACUCCAGGCGUUUACACCAACCUGUGCAAAUUCACUGACUGGAUUGAGCAAACCAUCCAGGCCAAUUAGCUACAGGGACGGGGACCCAUGAAAUUGAGCCCCCAAAUAUAUACUGCUGAAGGCAUUAUAAAUCUGGGUUCCCAGCUCCCUCUUCCCCUAGACCCAAGAGUCCAGAGCCCUCCCUCAGAGCAGGAGUCCAAGACCCAAGCCCCUCCUCCCUCACACCCAGGAGUUUAAUCCCACCUAGAAUCUUUUCCAGUGCACUGUGCCUCCUAAUGGCACAAUGUUGACCCAGCCUUACCAGUGGUGAAGAAAGUUGGUAUUUCCCCUUUUUUGUUGCUUUCCCCUAAAUCCAGAAAUAAAGUCUAAGAGAAGCACAG